GACAAGGACAGGGAGAGGGCGGGGGAGCGGCGCUGCCGGCCCGGCCGCCGGGACACGGCGGGGCGGCUUCCUCGGGCAGCGGGGCCCAGCGCUUUUGCUCGUGGCUGUCCGCGGUGGUAAAUGGCGCCAGGUGUGGGUGAGAGCAGGCGAGCGGGCAGGAGCCAGUGGGGUGCCAGGGGCUGGCGGGCGGAGCUCCGAGCGGGGCCCCUUGCCGCCGCUGCCGUCUCCCCUGGGUGAUGGUGGGUGUCAUCCGCGAGUACUGUUUUGUACUUCCUUGAAGUUGUGAAAUAUUCCUGUCGGCGCCGUAAUACUCCUGUGGCAGCAGGUCAGAUGUGUAAAGACGAUGCUGAAGCUGUAGAGACAGGAGAUUUGAGGAGUAAUGAGGGAAAGCUUUUAGAAUCACUCGUGUUCACUUAGGAUCAACUUUAAAAUACCGUGUUGCUCGAGGAAACGUUAAAUGCAAGGGAAAUUAUUGCUAAUCUUCCUUCUUCAUAAUCUUCCCAGUCUAGGCAUGUCCUAGAUGCUCUUUAAGGUCCCUUCCAAACCAAACCAUGCUAUGAUUUCAGUCUAUGUGUUGACCUGCAGAAAGGGGGCUUUUACUUCUGUAAUUAUUUUUUAAGCUAUUUUAAUUAGACCAGUUAUGAUAUUUGGUUUGUAUCCUUUCAUUGAGAGCAUAAAAUAGUUCACUAGUAUAAAGCUACUGGGACUUGUGAGACCUUGUAGCAGAUGGAGAAAUCACUUGGCUGAUAAGUGUGUAGGAACUGUCCUCUGGUUUUGAUUACAGAGCUAGCUAAGGUGUCUUUUUUUCCGUGCCUCAUUUUGCUCAUCUUUAAAAGACUGUGUGUUGCUUUUGUUGCAAAUAAAUAUAUUGGAUUCUGCCUGGCAGAAAGUUGGGGAAUUUUUACUCACUUCUAUUGUGUAUAAAGCAUUGUAGGAGUAUGUGAUUAAGGCACAGUAAGAUAGUACUUCAGUGAAACAAUUUAGGAAAGAGUGUGGUUGAAAAUACUGUCUAAGAUAUGUCUUAAGACUAGUCUUUAUAGGUUAAUAUCUUUCAGGACAGAUUAUUGAAGUAAGGAGUUAUGCUCCUAAGGUUUCAAAAAGAAAUCUCACUCCCUCAAAUAGAUGGGUUAUCAUCAUUUUGUGCAGUAAAAGGCACCUCAGGGCAGCCUCUAUUCAGUGGAAAAUGACCAACCUAAGGGUCUUGGACUUUUUAGAUUUCACAGAGGCUGCUGACCAUGGUGAAAGCCUUGGCCACUGCUGAAGAUUACACUGUUAGGAGGGUUUGUGCUAUGGUGACUGUCAGGGUUUGCCUGAUACCAAAGAGACUCCAAUACCUCUAUUGGAAAGCACAAACUGCUUACAUGGGAGCAAAAUUUUGCUUUCUUCCUAUUUUGAUAACAGACAAAACUGCUGCAAGUAAAGAGAGAAUCUCUGGUCAUGAUUUCCUUGUUGGACAUGUUUACAGGGGUGUGGAGACAUUGGGAAAGGAACUUUUUAUGUAUUUUGAUCAGAAAGCUUUGAGGAUUCACUUUGGUAUGAAUGGUUCCAUGCGCAUUAAUCCUGACGGAAGUAAAGACAGAAAUGGAGCACAGCCAGUUUUGGAGAUACAGCUUAUGGAGGAAACUGUUUGUUUUUGGGAUGUGACAGUAGAGUAUAGAAAUGCAGCUGAGUGUGAGCAGAAAGUGAAGAUGAUGGAAAGUUUGGAUGUCUGUUCUCCAAAGUUUAGCUUCUCAAGAGCAGAACAUGAGAUUAAGCAGCAGAACACCCGUAUGUUGUGUGAUGUGUUACUGGAUCAAGCAGUAUUACCUGGAGUGGGAAAUAUCAUAAAGAAUGAAGCACUGUUUGAUAGUGGUCUUCAUCCAGCUCUUAAGGUUUGCCAACUGACAGAUGAGCAUAUACGCCGCUUGGUGAAAAUGACACGUGAUUUUACCCUGCUUUUUUAUAAGUGCCGCAAAACGGGAUCCCCGCUGUACCAUCACUACAGAGUGUACAAGCGCCCAGCCUGCAGGGAAUGCAGCGGCAGCAUCACCGUGUGUCGUCUGGGAGACCAUAGCAGGAUGACUUACUUCUGCUCUCGAUGUCAAAAUGCAGAUCCCCAGCUUGUCAAUCUGAGCAAACUGCCAGCUAGAAACAGCCUAAUUGGCUGGGCAUAUGGCAGGGGGUCAUGUUCUAAUGAACAUGUAGCUCGGAAAUCUGAAGAGGAGUGGACGUGUAUGUGCUGCACCCUAAUAAACAAGCCUUCUGCUGAAAUUUGUGAUGCCUGUUUGACUUCAAGACCUGAAGUUCCAAAGAUGGAGAGUUUUGAAGAUUCUGCAGCCUUUAACACAAACCUAAUGAAGUACCCUUGUAAUGAUUUUAGAAAACCAAGCACAGAAAUAAAGAUCAAUAGGAAAACUGCAUUUGGAACUACAACUCUUGUCUUAACAGAUCUUGGUAACAAAACUGAUUUGAGAAAUGAUAUCCAGGUAUCUGGUGGGCACUCCCAGUGUGUUGUUUCAAAAACCAGUUGUAAACAGAUCCAAAGCAAUGCCUGCCAGUCAGGGGGAAGCAAAGACAAGGAUUGCUCAACACACAUAACUGCCCUGGCUUUGUCCUCCUGUCAGCAAUCUGUCUCUUUCAAACACAUACAGAAGAAACAGAAAACUGAUCAUGUACCUAUGGUUCGCCCGUAUAAUACAGCAAUCAGCGCACCUCAAACUAAUGUGAGAGAUGAUACCCGUACGUUGAGCGUGGGGCAUCCUCGCUGCAGCAAACACAGCCGUCUCUGCAGCCUCAGAGUUGUGAGAAAGGAUGGAGAAAACAAGGGAAGGCAGUUUUACUGCUGCCCUCUCUCCAGGGAAACUCGGUGUGAAUACUUUCAAUGGGCUGACUUGGAUUUUCCAUUUUGUAACCAUGGCAAGCGAUGUGUUAUGAAGACCGUGUUGAAGAUUGGUCCCAAUAAUGGAAAGAACUUUUUUGUGUGCCCUCUUGGGAAGGAAAAACAGUGUGGCUUCUUCCAAUGGGCAGAAAAUGGGCCAGGUAUGCAGAUUCUUCCAUGAUGCUCAUGUUACAGUUACCUGUUCUUCAGGAUGUCUUAACUGCCUGUAACAUUCGUAGUAAUUUCUGUUUUGUUCUUUUUUCCUGUUCACUCAUUAACUAGUAAGAGAGCUCCAAUGUAAAGAACAGAUCCAGAAAGAGUAAUUUUACAUAGUCCUAUAAAAAUUAGACAGUGCUUGUAUGCAGCCUAUAUUUUGAAAUAAACAUUUAGCUUGCAUCAUAGUGUGACAUACUACUGCAUUUCUAAUAAAAAAAUUGCACUGUUUUCUUUUUAUAUGAAUUGUUUUAAAUGUUCUUAAAUUUUCAUGUAUUGUUUUAAAUUUUCUUAAGUAUAAACAUGUAUUUAACAAAAGCAAAUAAAAAGAAUAUACUUUAUUAAAUACCACUCUGUGCUUUCUCAGAGCUUAAGAUGAAACAGCAAUGAAGUGUAUAAUUGAAGUGUUAAAACAGUUGAUUGACAUUGCUUAGAUUUGGAAAAUGACAAAAAACUUGCCUAAAACAAAUAAUAUGACUCUGGUUUUCUAAAUUAUAUAUUCUAAGUCCACAUCUUAAUGUUUUAUUCUAAGUCCACAUCUUAAUGUUUUCUUCUAGUUGCUACUGAACAUUUUUUACCCCAAUCCAUAUAUAAUAGAUAAUAAAAUAUUACCUCCAGAAUAGCUAAAACUCAGUUUAUGUUUGUUGGUUUUACCACGAUUUGCUGAAGCAAGGGGUAGCGUAAAUGGAAUAAGGUAGGCUAUCAAAUCAGAAACAGAAUUCUUCAAAUCUUUAGAAAGUGUGCUAUAGAUACCAGGAAAAUGAGACUAAUGAAAUGGUCAUACAUCAUUCAGCUUCAUACAUCAUUCAAUUGCAACCAGUUUUUAAUUGAAAAUGAUGGGAAAUAGUGUUGCUUCCCAGCAAAAUAUGUGGGAUGAAGCACAUUUAAAAGCACCUUGCAAAUGGUUCUUUGGUCUGUGCAAAUACUUGUGGUAUUUUGUUUUAUUUGGGACUACUUGAUUUUCUUGAGAACAUUGUGUAACUUCAUUCCAAUUAAAUCUUCCGCUCCAUGAUGCAAGGGAAACUGUUUAAUUCUUUUCCUAAGCAGCACAAAUUGAGAGGCUUUUUUUCUUCCUCUUUUCAGUAGGGUUUGAUACCUUUGAAAUCUUUCAUGAAACUUUCCUCACAUGAAGAAAAUCUUUUUUAAUCAGAUUGUAGAAACUAUAAUCUUUAUGUUGGUCAAUGGCCUCUUUCCAAAUAAUCUAUCUCUUUCAUGAGGUACAGAACUCCACCUGAGAACAAAACAAGCUACUUCACAUGGUGAAGACUUAUUUUUCCAUUGCCAUCUCUUUCUAUGAUGUUUUUUGUUGCAAUGAUAUAUUGCUGCUAGCUUGUGCUUAUACAUCUAAAUCUUUAAAAUUGCAGUCUAACCUGUUCCUCACUUGUAUUUGUACAAUUCAUUAUGGUGAUAAAUGUUUGAUUAUUUUUAAAUUGUACAUGCUUUUGGAUGUCUGGCACAGGGAUUAAUCUUCAGCAGUUGAAAGCUGAAAAAUAAAAAAGAAAUUCACAGAAGGCAAGUAAUCAGAAAUGGUUGUAUGUUAAGAUUUCUCUAAAGCUGGAAGUUAAAUAGAAGUUUCAAACUUAAACACAUGAAAAAUAACAGUUGGGCUCUUACAUAUUUUUUUUUAAUCUUAAUAGCAAGACAAGAAGUGAAUAUCUGUUUAAAUAAAAUCCAUACAAGUUUUAAAGGAUUAAGUGCAUUUAUUAACUACUGCAAUCACUUUACUUUUUCUGUUCUUGUAUUUCUUGAAUGUGUUGUGUUUGGUGUAUUUGUACCAGCCUAAUUUUGCUGUAUACACUAGUUGUGUAAUGUCACAGGGUGAGGAAUAGCAGAUAGGGGAAUCAAAGGGCAAGGACAGCCUGAGCUUAUCACAGUGACCUAGCAAAUGAAAGAAUCUCACAUGCUUACACUUAAAGAAAAUAGGAAACUAAACAAGAGACAGUGAAUUUUAAUUCAUUAGAUGCCUCUGCAAACCUUACUGCUUUUGCCAACACUGCUUUUUAAAUUCUUUUUUUUUUUUGGCUUUUUUUUUCCCUUGGAGACAAUGUCACUGUAGCUUGUUUAACAAGGUCUGGCUGAUAGCUGGUUAUAACAAGUUUUGACCAAAAAAAGCUGGCAGUAAAACUUGGAAUAGAUCCCCACUCAACCUUUCAAAAAGAAACUGCAACCAAGGGUGAAAAACCAGAUAAAAGUCCUGAUUUUUAGCUUUCAUUCUAAUAGUUUACAAAUGUGUUUUUAUUUUUUCACAUUGAUUCAUCUAUCACAGUGCAAGUGAUGGAACACACUUCUUUCAGAUUUGUAUCUGGCUUACACAUUUUAAUGGCUUGUGUAGCACACAAUGAACUGUGAAGGCUAAAACGAAUAACAAGACCUAAGUUGAAGGAGGGAGCUGUUUUUCACAAAGAUUUUCUGUAAUUUCUAUUCCUAAUGAAAGCAAAUGUAAAUCUUUUAGAAAAGAAAUGUACAGCUUUUAUAAAAAUACAGCCCUUUCUAAAGGCCUUAGGGUUCUGACACAGUUUUGUUACUUUGGCCUUUACCCAAACACAACCAAGAGAAAUGGGAUUAUUACCUAACAGCCUACAGGAGGCUGUUAAGAAUGACAGGCUCACAUAGACUCCUUUGACUGGAUGAUUUCUAAAAUGAGGUGCUGAUGACAGUUCUGUAAUAAAAAUAAGACUUACAGUAAAGCUGACUUCUAAGUACUCUUGUGUACAACUUUUAGAGAGCUUUUUUAGACAUUAACACUGCAUGGUGAUAGCAUGACUCAUACUAGAAACCUGUCUUUCACCUUAAGCUGAAAACAUACUUUAUAUACCACUAAACUAACCUCAAAAAGCCCCUGAACUCAGCUGAGAUGCUAUACAAAACAGGUUUUAGAGGAUCAAAUCAAGGUCACACAAAUUGUGGAGUAAAAAUUUUAAACUCGGAAAAUACUAAUGCCAUAUGCCAUAACCAGUUUCUGCUUUAUUAGUAGCACUUUCAUUACUGUUACAGUUUAAGUAAGUUUAGGCAGAGUAUACCCUUCAGACUGAAAUUAAUGUUUAUUUUCCAAUUUGUGCCAUUUGGUUUAGAAUCAACGGAUUUUCUGCCUGGUUUCAUGCCUUUAAACCCUUUUUUAAAAUAGUUUUUUAACCAGGGACUUGUUAAAGACAGGCAUGCCAUUUGAUGGCAAUACCAAUUUAGCAAAUAAAUGAAUAGAAUACUACUCAUUAAUUCACUGAGGGACAACUAAAUUUACACUGAAAAUAUGCAGUCAAGUUUUGGGACAUGACUAUGUCACAACUGAGACUACAGACCUUUACAAUUAUACAGCUAUUCUGCAUCCACCUUCCUACAUAAAAAGGUGUUAGUUCUCACUUGUUUUUCUGGAAUGGAAACUUACGUAAGAGUCGUUUAGCUCGAUGAUGGAAAGGGAUUUUCACAGAAGCAGAGGAUACCUUCCUUAAUAUCUGUAUGAAUGCUGAUCAUUAGUGGCUAAGCACCUUUCACAUGAAAUCAAAAGGUAUUGUAAAGUCUCUAACAGACUUCACAGCAACUGCGAACGUUCUAGAAGAUUUAAAAUUCUUUUCAAUGCCUCUACUUGUACCUUUUUGCACUUUCUGCAAUUCAGCUUGCUGAUGAUAGGCAGAGUUCAUCAUCCAGUGUAACUUAAUAUUCUGCACAUCUGUUUUUAUUUCUCUGAUGCCUGAAAGGUUGUUUAUUAUGUCAAAUUUUUACUUGAAUAUUCAAAACAUACAUUCAAAAUUAAUUUAGAAGUGUGUGGGAAUGCACUAUAAUUUAUAUUAGGGGAACAACAAAAUAAAACCCAAUCUAAGGAGAGAACCUAACAAAUUAUUUUCCAUAUGAAAGCUUAUUAAAAAUGCAUUAAGCACAUUUACGGGUGAGCAGAAUUCAGAGUGUACACAGUAUUGUCUAAACACAGUCACUGCUUUAGUUAUUUAACUUAUUGAAUUGCCACUGCUAUAGAAAGUGCAGGUUCCUGCAGAGUUUGUAUGCUUUAUAAUUUUUAAUUAUAAAGUCAACUUCAAACAACAUGACUGUCUUUCAGCAAUUAGCCAUGUGAUAUGAUCAUACUAUGAAAAGGCGCUAACACUACUAAUCUUUUAAUACUAAGGUUUUAGGUGAAUCUUCUUAACAGAGAGAUGGCAGAGUAAAAAGAGACCUCUCGACACUGAGCAGCAGAGCCUGACCUAAAGGUGGGAUGAACUGUGUAGUUACGAACACUGAAGGGGAAAGUGAAACAAGAGUUCCUCCGUUUUGGCAGAGGAGAAAGCCCAUUUGACUGAUUCAACUACUUGUGGAGCUGAAAUCUAAGUCAGACACUAAAAGCCUGUGUGGUCUAAAUAAUCAUCUACCCUACACUUCUGUAGAAAACAUGUAGAUUUAGAAUUUUUUUCUGACUAUUUUCUUUAAACAUCUUUUGUUCUAUCACAGUACUUACUCAUGGUGACAGUAACCAUUUGAUGUGCAAAAAAUCCUUCAUAAUUUAUUAGAGACAAGGACACUAUAGUAUGGAAGAGACCACCUAAAAUGGGGAAAACUGGGAAACGCAUUUUAAGCUUUAUUCAAAAAACAAUGCAGCACAACACAGGGAUCACCAGCUUUGUUACCUGCCCCCAGUUAAGUAGCAUUUGCAAGGUGCUUUUGCUCCAGCUAGUUGACUUUUGAAAAGCACAGUAUUGGCUUAGGCUGACAUUAUUUCCAACCUAAGGCAAUAUCCAUUAAGAAUAACUAGAGAAAAAAAUAAUGCACAACCUCUCAUAAAAAUAAUUCAGACUACAUUUCUCAACUAUAAAUAAUUUUAUACCAGCAAAACCCCAAAGGUUUUAAUAAAAAAGUAACAAAAUCCAAGCAUUUAUUAAUUUAUUAAAUAUGUUCUAGAACUUCAGGAUGACCUAAAGAUAAAAAAUGAAAAUUUUGAAAUGUCUUUAGAAAAACACUUAAGUUACAAGAGAUCUAUAAACAAGCUAAAAUUUAAAUUUCAAUUUUAAAUCUAGACUACAUUUGAAGAGCAACUUUGCAAUAUGAAAGUUAAACUCAUUACUAUAGCAAUACUGCUGAACCUAUGGAAUUGAAAAAUACAUUUAACCAAAGUUCCACUCAAGGCAAAGAUGGUGGGCUGUUGGGAAAUUUCUUAAGGAUGGUACUUUCACAUGAAGUGGUCUUGAAUAUAAUAAUGUAACUUGCUUUGAUUAUGACUGAGAAAUAACAUUUAAGUCAAUAUUUAGCCUUGUAGAGGAUAAAAGUAAAAAAUGCACUCAACACUAGAAUGCACAAACAAGCUUAAAAUGUAUUUGUAUGAACAAGAAAUUAGAAAAACAAAACACUUGUUUUUUUCUUUAUUGUGUGCAUAGAAUAUAUAAUUUAUCCUUGGUUCUCAGGCAGCUCAUGUUAGUUGCAUUGUAUUUGCCACCUCUCAGCUUCUUUCCAAGGUUCAAUCAUCACCUAGUAUUUCAAUGCCAUAUAAUUUCACCUAGAAAUCCAAGCAAUGUCUCAUGCUACACUUCACUAGAAAAACAGAAUAUACUUAUUUUUAGUCAGCCUAAAUUCAUUUAAUGGGACACGGCUUUACAAUAAAAAAAAAACCCAAAACCAAAAAACCAUUCUAUAAAUAUAGGCUUUCAGCAAACACAUUUCUUAAAAACAUGAACUGACUUCAAGUAGAACAGAACAAAUGUAUCUAAUAUUAUCAUACCCCAUUCUUUUAUCAUAAAUUACUCAGGAUGACUGCAAGUAAUUUAAACCACUGUCAGAUGCUAAAAGUAGCAACAAUGUUACACAAGAAGUUCACAAUAAGGACAGAAGGUUUCAGAAAGUUACCUUUGAAACUUUGAUCUCUUUGUGAGACAUGGAACCACUGAAAAGGAAUUAAAAGUCAAAAAACCCUACCAUCACAUAAACGCAGCAGAAAAUAUGUUUUCCUUAUGCAGGGGAAAUGUACUAAACAUGUAAUCUUGACAUUAGCUGCUAAAGAUUCUUGGAUUCCCACAUAGCCAAACCUGACAAAGGUGAUCAAAGCAAGGUUUAACCACACAAAGUAUCCCUCAACAGACUGACUUGGCAUUUUUGGACACAGCAAUGUGGAAUGAGACAUAAGCAUAGAAAAAACUUUUUUUGUCAUAACACUAUUCAGAUAUGCAGAUGUUACAGCACAUACAGAAGAUUUAACGGUUUAUAUUUUGCUGAUUAUAAUUUGUUUUGAUAAACCAGAUCAGGAAUUAUUUCGUUAUAGACUGAAACAGAAGAAGAAAAGCAAUUAUGGGACAAAAUAGAAGGUGGAAUUUAGGCGAGGGGAAGAAAGCCCUGAAACUAUAGUGCAUACAAGGAGAUCCCCUUCUCUCCUUUCCCUCCCCCAAAAAAAAAAACCAAAAAACUGGCAUGCUUACUAACCUAAAACUUUAUUUAGCAGAUCUCAGGUGAUGCUAGUUUGAAUGUAAUACAUUAGUCCCUGAUAACAAUGAUUAACAGCUGCAAUUGAAACAACGUUUGUUUCCUCCUCAUUGCUCUACACAAGCUACACUUGGGUGCUGCCUAGAACACAUUACUUUCAAAUUCAGUUUAAAACCAUAUUGAUUGCACAUGGUAGACAAACUUAAUUUAAUUUAUUGUUUUAUCUACACAUGAAGCACAUGGAAAAAUUCAAGCACUUGAACUUUGUUCUCUAUCUCUAGAAGCCAGAUAAAACCUUUUUUUACAUAUAUCCAUUUAGCUGUAUCUGUUGUGAAGUCUUAAAAUUUUAUAUGGUAUGCAGGACUGACAGCUUUAAUGGUAAUAAAUACUGGAAAAAAACAUUCCUGAGAUAGCACUAUUAAUCAUGUUACACUUUUCUAUUUUGUCAAAAAUACUAGUCGUGUUAAUUGCAAGGUUUCAGGUGACAAUCAGCUAAUAGGCUCUGCUGAUUGAGAGGAGUCUUUUAAUGACAGUUUAGGUGAUGAUAUUCAUGCUAUAUUUAGAGCUUGUUUGGGCUGCUUGAUUGAAAAAGUAACAGAAUAAAACCCUUGUAAUUGAGGUUGGGAUUGUUUCCUAGGAGCAAGAAUGACUGGGGGACACACAAAAUCUGCAGCUCUUGGAUUCUACUCCUUUAGUGGCAGAACUGCAGGCUCAGCCACCAGCUGGCAGCAGGCUGCAUUUGCUCAGGAUGAGUGAGUCAAGAACCAGCCAUACUCAGUGUUAAGUGCUAAAACAGCACAACUACAUCAACUUUGAAAAUGAAAGUACACCCAACUGAAACUAUUUCUUUAAAAUCAAGGGUAUGUGUAAUUACCUUGCUUUACUGAAAGCUGCUAAGUUAGAGAAUACUGUACAUAUCCACUGAAAAUAUUGUUUCCUAGAUAUUGCAAAUAAUAAAAGGACUUUGCAUUGCAAAAAAACAGCAAGGUCAAAAGAGAUGACUUUCAGUUUUUCAUUAUGUCCAUUCACAUAUAAUUUUGUCCCCAUGAUAAAUACAUUAUUGCAAUGGUAAUUUAUUCAAUAAUUUCUUUGCCGGCCUGCCAGAUGACGUAACUCUCUUCUCUGGUACAAAAACAAGUCCAGCAAUUUGUUUGGGUCAGCUAGAACUAUAAUUUUUCCAGAAGUUUUGGAAGACUUCAUAAAUGUGUGAGUUUGAGGCAGUCAAUGGAAAAUAUGUACUCAGAUUGCAGAAGAAAAUAAAACAAUUCCCACUCAUUCCUUGCAAUGAAUGAAUGAAUGAAUGUAGCUGUUUCAGUUAUAAAAUAUCCUGAAACAUAAAUUUCAUGUGCUUGGCCAUAUGAUUAAGACAGAUGGCAGUCACAAUCGCUCACCUAAAUCAGUGUGCACUUUUCUCUUCAGGCUUUAACACUGCUUUACCAGAUAGCUCACCCUGAAGUGUCAUUUCCAAACACAUUUCCAUAACCCUGUUAAGUAAGGCUGAAGUAAACAUUCUUAGAUGUAGGAAAGAUAUACUGAUAAUUAAUUAAUUACUGAGAAUACAGUGAUAUCUGAUAAAUGGUUCUCCUGUGGACAGGAUGCUAACAUUGCCAGAACAUCAUUACAAAUAUUGAAAUUUGAUAACUGUAAAUUCCACACAUGGGGACAGCAGACCUGAAACUGGGACUGCAUAAAGAACCUAGCCUGGUAGUCUCACAUAUUUGGUUUGAAAAUAAAAUUUACCCAUUCUGUGAGAAAAGAACACCUAGCUUGUAAUUCUGAGGCAUGAGAUAUGUAUGCUGUUAGUCGUUCACUAUUAAGUCAUAACAUUACUGGGAACAGACACUUGUUAAAAUGAAAAUGUCAAAAGUGGGAAGUUAAAGAACCACACUGACAGCAAAUUCUUGUAGUCAGAAGUUUUACCAGAAAGCUGCCUUAAUGCCUUAUUAGUGAACCAUUCAGGAAUUUGGUCUGUUUUCUCAGCUCUGCUGGUAUUCAAGGAAUGCUUAACGGAUGGUAAGGAAUGGGAGGAAAGGGUUAAAACCAGAAGAUGUGUAAGGAGGAGGGAAUAGUUUUGCUCAAAGUGACCUUGCAGCUGGGAUUGCUAAAAAUGUCAGUCUGUGAAAAAAAAAGUCCAUUUAUUAUGUCUAGUGUGAUUUAUCCUCUGCCUGUUUUAAGUGGAAUUCCUGUGAACAUAACACACACUCACAGAGAUGCACAAAGCCUUCUCUAGUAGUAAUGCAGGCAGAGACCCUCCUGGUGCCCUCUAGGAUGAAUUAAGCCCAAAGAGCCUCUGUCCAUGUGUAUCUCUGCUGCCCUGUGUUGCGAACAAGGUUCACAAUUAAAUAAAUCUACUCUACAUUUUAGGUGUGGCUUGGUGGUUGCCUUCAUUACUGGUAUGUGACCAGCACUGACAGGAACAGACAUGGGUCAGGAUGUGUACCCUUAUGGAAUCUUCCAUCUUCCUAAAGAAGCAGAACUUCUCAUGCUAUCUUCCUCAUCAUCUCAUGUUUCUUACUGAAGCUGUUCCACCUAGUAUAAAUGAAUUGCUACUUAUUAAAGGAAAAUGAGGAGAAAAAUAUUCUUUGGCCUCAGCAUUCUAGGAUAAUUAGGCAGGUUAUUAUUUGAACAUGGAUUUUCAUGUUCCACACAUAAUAGCAGAGUCACUGGAAGAAAUGCAACAAGCCGCAGAUGCACAAACUCCCUGCCUGCUGAGCAGCACUCAGUGUGGUGGACCUGCAGAUCCAUCCAACAAGGCUCUGGGGCAGAGCUUGAGGGCCUGUUAUCUUACUAGCAGGGGGAGCUACCGGUUUUAUGCAACCCCGCUACCAAAAUCACAGAUUUUGGGAUACAGAUACAUACAGAUGUGGGAUACUUACAAAGAUAGAAAGCAGCAGCUGCUACAAAGUACUGAGGUCUUCAUAAAGCUUAAAAUGUUGGACUCCAGUGUCUAGGUCUCUUUUGGAAUUUCCCAAGAAAAGGCAACUCCUCCCAUUUUGGAGCACUCUCAAUGAAUACUGAGCCUAAAGGCUUCAGUAGUACUGUAUUGUCCAGGGAUUUUGUUAUUUUCUGUGAGAAAUACUUUAUAUGUGUGAGAAAUACUUUGGAGGCACUUACAUGAAAAAGUCUAUUGGAUGACCACAUUGCCUGAAACUCCAGUAUGCAUUUGAAGUUCUUCCCAAAUGCCAAACCUGGAAAAAUUCUAGGUACAAAGCAGAACAUAAUGGUUAAAUUCAACACUGAUUGGCAUAUUAUGUAAUAGCUGCCUGACCAAAGUGCAAAAAUUAUAAAUUACAGCUGGAAUAUUUAUCUGGCAUUAGCACUUAUAUUUCUCAUAGUGAGGCACUACAUUAUUGUUAUAAAAGUACAACUUUAUGCAAGAUCAAAAUUCUAUUCCCAAGUCUGAGUCUUGACUUUUCAAAUUAAGUUACAGGGUUAUGGCUCUAUUCUUGAGUGUGCCUGCAGAUGUUAUCAUAGCUCCACUGAGCAUAUUGGUGAUUGUCUCUUCCCUGAAACUCUUUGUGAUUCAGUAACCAGACAUCCCCGUGACAGAACUCCCCAAGAAUCCAAUCUCACAGUCUGUCCAAACACAGCGGUGUUAACACAAAGCACAUCUCACAGCGACUUUCAAUUAAAUAGCCAGUCAAGGAGACUGAAUUCAUAGUGCUCACAUUUUCAUAAAGCAUUGUAGCAGCAGCUGUUCUGAAGCUGUAAAGCCUCCUCAGUCAGCAGAAAUUCAAAUUCAUAUUAUAACAAAGAGAAGGUGAUCCGAAAGUUAUAUGGGACUCUGUACUUUCCCAUCCUGAAAAUGGGAAACCUAUGGUGGAUAAUUAAGUAUUUACAUGAGAGAAGAGAGAAUAAGGGAAACAUGCCAAUAGCCUGUUGAUAAAAAAAAAAAAGAAUAAAAGAAUACUAGAUGCCCAUCCCAGUUUUUCGUAUCUUUUACUGAAUUGUACUGGGAGAAAAAGAGUAGGUGGGCCUCUAGCCUGAGGGUUGAAUCAUGAAACCUGCAGAGAGACAGGCACCUUACCUGAAUCUGCAGGAAAAUUUAGAAGAAUCUUCUUUUGCCAAACUAAGAAUGUGCUGUCACCAGCUGGAUAGUUUCCCGUGCUACUCAGUGUCCCACUGCGUAUUCCUGCAUUCUACCUUUUGUUAGUAUUAGCAACUGUGUGGCCCUAAAGUAAAACAGAACAGCUUGCUUACAUUCUGAAAAAGAAAAAAAUUCCUCUUUUUUAGCUAGACAGCAAGCUGAUCCAUUUUGUGGAGCUGCACAAUUACCAGAACCAACUGCAUAACUGAACAGAGAACACAUACUCCAGGAUGUGGGUAGUAUCCUGCUCCUUUGAGCAGCAAAAUCUUUCUUCAGCUGAAACCCUCCUUGAGAGAUGGACAAAUAUAACCUUGUCUUCACUCCUUCAUUAUUAAUUGUUAACAAUUCUUCCUUGUCCAAUACAGUUGGUUUUGGUGGAUUUUAUUAGCACUGCUGUAACUAUGAUUCCUGGAGCUCAAAACAGGAAUGAUGAUGGUAUGAUAUACAUACUUAAUGCACGCUCCCCCAGCAAGCCCUGCAGCCUUUCCUUGCAGCUCUUAGAUGGGAAUUUAGAGUCGAUGGAAUGGGGUGCAGGCAACUGCUAUUCUCAGUGCAAAGUGCAGAGGGAGAUCAGAGAGGCUAAACUUUUGGAUCUGGAAUGGAGCACGCACCAGUCUGCCAGUCCUGGUAAAGAACAGUAACCUCAAGUGAAGAGAUACAGCAGGCAGGGAGAAGUAGCACUGCAGAAAUCAGUUAAAGGCUGGUAACACCCUUAAGCUCGUGCAGCAAAGUGAUGUUACUCCUGAAGACCCAUUUUUGGGGCUAGCACUUUCACUAAGCACUAACAAGAUCUAUCAUAACUGUAGCUGAGAAGUGAGAUCACAGGACUUUUCAUGUUGGCAGAUUUGUAAGAAUGGGUACAGAUGGAAUGUCAAAAGUUACAGUUCAUUAACACUGCAGCUACUCCAAUGUAAUUUAUUUUCUACCCUAUAACAUACAAAUUAGUCUUCAGUAACAACCAGAUUAACAAAAUACAGACUGCAUAUGAAUUAAACUUGAUUAUAAUACCUUUUACACUCACCCUUUUAAGCCAUAAUACUUUGCUAUAUCUAUUACAUCUGUAAAUCCUCCAGGAAAAAAUCCACAUAUCUAAAGAAAUGAUUACACAAGGAAAGCAGGAAAUCAUCAGUUCUACAUUGCUACCCAAUGCUCAUGAAAAACACUGCAGAUAAAAAUAUUAAUUUAUGGGAAGUUUCAGUUCCUUUGUACUUCUCUGUAUCAGCCUGCCAACCCAACAACAAAUCUCACAGAUGAUCCAUGAUAAUUUGUCUUGGAAUUUUUCUUGUAAUAAUGUCUAUCCAGGAGCAGUUAGCUAGCAGCAUUAAGCUAGCAGCAUAACUGUUUUUGUUUUCAAAAAGCCUGUCACACAGUAUUUAUUAAACAACCACAUAUGCCAUCAAGCAUCUACUUAUGAACAAUAAGCAUUCAUGAUCUUGCUAAGUAUAAUUCUAAACCUGUGUACUGCUGCAAUACUGCACUGCUUCAGUAAUUAUGCCAUCUUUAAAAGGUCACAUCAUAUAGAACUGAAUCCUCCCUGCCAAAUACUGCAUGCCAAAAUUAUACUACAACACAGUCUACAUCAUGCAUGAAGUACACUUCAAAAAGAAAAUUGAGCAACAGUUGAACCUGGAUGGAUAGAGCCAGAAUGUGUCAAGAAAGCUGUUAUGACCGGUCUGCUGACAGCAAAGAAAGCAAAAUUAAUAUAAAGAUAACAUUUAUAAACUGACAAACUACAGAUCUGAAGAAAAUGUAAAGUACCAUAAAUGGCAGAAGAGGAAAAACACCACUGGGUUUCUUCUCAUUUCAGGGGAAAAAGCCUUUCUCCUGUUUGGAAGGGUUAGGUCUAUAACAAUCUUUCUAUACUUGUAUUGAAAAAAUAACAAGUUUGCGUCUUCCCAUCUGCACAUAAGAAUAUUCAAAAAAACCAAUGCCACAGGAUUUCUUGCUAAAUUGAAUUUCUUACUUCUCCAGAUCUUUAAAUGAUAAAUGUUUAGAAAUUAGAAAUAUAAAAUGCAACACAACUUUCCAACUUCAUUCAAGUGGCAAAGUCCACUGCUUUGUAUGUAAUUACACAACACUAGCAAUCAAAAUCAUAACAUAGCAACUAACAGAAUUAGGGUCAAAAUGUAUUUCAGAGUUUGGAUGGCAAGUGUGCAAAGGGUGAAAAUAUGAAACUUCCUGUUCAUCUAACACAUGACAGGUUUUUUUCUAUGCAGAGAAACAAAAUCACCAUUUCUAACCAAUAAAACUCCCUGACAUUUACAAUACAAUUGCUUUUAUAAAGCUCUACUUGGAAAAAGUAUAAUCAAAACUUCUUUUAAAGCUUUUUCUCUAUCUUAUUAGAAAAAAGGAAAAAAACCUAAAACUCACUAGUAGAAGGGAUUCCCUGAACUGGCACCCUUUGAAGUUGCUAUUGCUUUUAUUUCACAGUCCACCUCCUGUCACUGUAAAGGUAUGAGCUAAUCACACUGAGACAGCACUGCACCAGCAGCUGUAUUUAUUUACAUUGAUUCCAACUGUCAGGGGAAAAAAAGAAAAUGAAAAUACAGAUAAGGUAGUUAAACGUACAAACACAAAUGUUUGCUUCUGACUCAGCAGCUUAAACAAUAACAAUAUUAGUCACAAAAUCCUGAGAUUCAUUCAUUUCUGCUCCAUGAAUAUUUCAGUUCUUGCUGUAAAUUUAAUGAAAUCUACACGGGGGAAUGAGCAGACCUUCCAGUGAAAACAUUUGUACUUCAGUGCUUAAUAUAUAAAAUAUCUGCUGUAUAUUAGAGCUGGAGUAAAUUUAACUGUGUAACUGAUGUUUCUUCAUGCACAGACUAUAGAUAAUAGCACAAAAAUCCUGCACACAUUCUGUGUUUCAAAACAAGAAUGAACAGCACUGUUAAUGAGUUAAAACAGUCACGCGAUAAACUAAACUCAACAAAUGCUGAUGGAUUCACUUCAGUUUAUAUAGCAUUGCAGAUUCCAUCUAAAACUCAAUCUUGAAUUCUCUAAAAUUCUGAAUUAUUCCUGACUGAGGCAGCUACAAAUGAAAGAACGUGGUAACCUACAAAUGGUGAAAUCACAGAGAAGCUUUCUUCAGUAAGUGCAUGCAAUGCCCUUAAUAAUUAAAGUGACAGGGUACACACAGAUUGCUUUAUUAAGGAACAAUUUGAUGCCAUGAAAAACAAAGCACAGUUCACUUUUAGUCAGAAUGUUGAGAAAAGAUUCUUUUUCUGUCUUUAGAUACAGAUAAAAAAUGGCUAAAAAGAAGAUAAUGAACUUUAAAAAGCCCCACAGCUUUACAGACAGAUGCAUUCAAUUGAACCACUAAAUCACAAAUCCUCAUAUUCUGUGUUGUAAAAGUUGCAUAGUAAAAACUGAAAUCAAAAACAGUAAAAUACUUUUUUGCAACCCCAACAGAUUGUCAUAGUUUUUGCUUACUUUUGACAGGAGUCUGUAUUUGAUAUCUUUUCUAAAAGAAUUUGUGUGUCUGCUAAGCAUAACAGAAUAUCAUUAACAACUUUAAAGAAAUAUUUUAAGACAAAAUAUCAAGCCCAUUAUUUUUCUCAUUCUGAAUUUUGUCCAUAACAUCAGAAUGGUACAUUCUUAAUAUUAUGAUUUAAUAUAUUGUCAAAUUAAUGAUAUAUCAAAGUAAUUUACACAAACUAACCCUUUCAUUUAUAACUAAUGCAUCAUCACAAAGCAACCCAUACUAUCAAACCACAUGUAUUAGUGCCUAUGUCUCAUGGAGACAAGUAAUUUUCAUAGAAUAAUAGAAUCAGUAAGGUUGGAAAAGAUCUCCAGGAUCACCUAGUUCAACCUUUCAUCAAACAUCACCAGGCAAACAAAACCAUAUUACAAAGUACCAUGUCCAGUCUUUUAUGUAACACCUCCAGAGACAGUGACUCCACCAUCUCCCUGGGCAGCCUAUUCCUAUGCUUGACUACCCUUCCAGUAAAGAAACUCCUCCUGAUAUCCAACCUGAACUUCCCUUGGCACAGCUUGAGGCCAUUUCCCCUUGUCCUGUCACUGGCAGUCUGGAUAAAAAGGCUGCCUCCCACCUUGCUACAGCCUCCUUUCAGGCAGUUGUAAAGAGCAAUAAGGUCCCCCCUAAGCCUCCUUUUCUCCAGGCCAAACAACCCCACUCCCUCAGCUGCUCCUAGGAUUUACCCUCUAGACCCUUCAACAGCUCCACUGCCUUUCUCUGGACUCACUUCAGCCCCUCAAUGUCCCUUGUGUUAUGAAGGGCCCAGAACUGGACACAGGACUCAAAGUCUGGUUUCACCAGUGCCGAGCACAGAAGGAUAAUCCCUGCCCUGGUCCCUCUGGCCACACUAUUGCUGAUACAGGCCAGGAUGCUAUUGCCUUCUUGGCCACCUGGACACAGCUGACUGAUGUUCAGCUGCUGUCAGCCAGCACAGAAAAGCUGACUGUGUAGGAACUUAGCACUGUGACAGUGACUUCAAGAAACACUGUUAUAGGGCACUCAUUAUAACCUUUACUGGUAUAGACUAGCUAGUACAGAGUGACAUAAGCACUCUAGGAAGCAAGCUACAGAUGUUCCCAAACCUCUUUCAGAAAUGAAUCCUGGAGGAUUCAGCUGCAGCAAUUUGAGACAUUGCCACUCUGCUCCCAGUACUGAACCUUCUAUGUUCAUAACCCACGAUGCAAUCACUAGGAUUUUAUUACUCUAUUUUAUUACUCGACUGCCUGAGUUAUCUGAAGACAGAGCAGCCAUAGAAGAAGGAUUGUAGGUAGCACAGGUAGAAAACUUAUCUUAAUCCAUUACAGAUGUAUCCAGUAGGAGCUUCUCUGACAAAAGCUUUCUGUGGCCUGCAGUGAAUACAGCUACAACAUGCUCUAAGGAUCCAGUGACAGAAGUGAGUAAAUCACUUGGUUGAUGAAGUUCAAUAGCAAGCCAUUAAACAUAGCCAUUCUAGUUUGAAUGGUUUAUUUCCAGCUUUUAAAGAUACCACCUUGAAACAUAAAGCAACAAUUCAUCUAAGGCACAGUACACAAGCAUCUAAACGACUUCAUUAAUACAUUAAUGUGUGCUUUUAUUACCCAAUGAUUUCAUUUAAAUAGACAGAGAAUAAUUAAAGUGACAAGACACACUCUUUUUACUCACUCUCUUCUUUUGCCAUUUCUGAGCUCAAGUUUAGCAAAGAUUCCAUCAAAUCAGCAAGCCACCAAUUUAAGAGAAUGAUCAAACAGAUCUUCGAAUACCUGUGGAAUAAUCCUCAUGAUGCUGAAGUUCUAUUACAAAUGAAUCCUGGUGUCUCUAGACAUAGAAAGUGACAAAACCCAAAGCUAAAGGUAACUGUCACACUUUAGGCAUUCAACUGUUCCUUUGCAGAGGUUAAUGUGCAGUAGGACAGGGGAAUGCACAGCAUAUUACUGACAAGGAAAUCACCAUGAUUAUGGUUCCUAACUUAACUUCCACUACAAAAAAAAGGUGACAGGAUGGUUUCCAAUUGUCUUCACAUCCAGUCAGACAACCAAUAUUCCUUGAAAGUUUGUACUACCAGGGAUGCUUGAAUGUACUCUCUAUUCAAAUGUAUUCUCAGCUGUUGUGGAACAAGUUAGAGUGGUCCAUAAAGACUUCUUGUCUCUUCAUUAAAGCUUUGAUAUAGUCUCCACUACUCCUCAAGCCCCCCUCCUUGCAUGUCAGCAUUUUCAUGAAAUUUUCAAGAGAAAAGAAAACCUGGGAUAAAUCUUAGAAAGACAAUUAAAUAUUCUCAACAUAAGUUUUAUGUGUAGAGUCAUAGUUCCACUUCCAGCCUGUUAUUCCAGAUGUCUGACAAAUAUAUUUUUAAAUGGCAAGGCAAAGGGCCUGUCCAAUGGGUA